AAAAAUUGAACAACAAUUUGGAGAAAUUGAAAUAAAUGCUGUACUAAUGUUGCUGUAAAAAUUGCCACCGCCGAGGAGGGGGAAAUCAAUGGAAGUAGGAAAAUAUACUCAGCAAUUGAAAUUAGGAAGUUUAUGAAAGUUUUGUAAAGCGCGAGGAAAACACCCAUAUCUACAAGAAAAAUACCGUAACCACCUUACCAAAAAUGGACACCUUCGACGUCAAUGACGAAAACAGCUGGUACUUCGGACCAAUGUCACGUCAGGACGCCACCGAAUUACUAAUGAAUGAACGGGAACGAGGCGUGUUCCUGGUGCGUGACAGCAAGUCCAUAGCUGGCGACUAUGUACUGUGCGUGCGGGAGGACACCAAAGUUAGCAACUACAUAAUCAAUAAAAUACACGACCAUGAGAUGACCGUCUAUCGUAUAGGCGAUCAAUCGUUUGACACCUUGCCCGAUCUCCUAACAUUCUAUACAUUGCACUAUUUGGACACUACACCACUGCGGAGACCAGCUGCCAAGAAAGUGGAACGUGUUAUUGGCAAAUUUGAUUUUGACGGCAGUGACCAGGAUGAUUUACCGUUUAGACGUGGUGAGAUUUUGACGAUUGUUAGAAAAGACGAGGACCAAUGGUGGACAGCCAAAAAUUCACUUGGCCAGAUUGGACAAAUUCCGGUGCCCUAUGUACAAAAGUACGAUGAUAGCAACGACGAUCAUCAUGUUAUGGAACGACCAUCUUCGGGAAAUUGUGGUGCCAGUGUCAACAAUAUUAUGAGACAACAGCGGGUAGCAUCUGGAGGUGAGCCAGUACCAUCCCCGCCAGCAUGCCAUCAAUUGAGCAACACGCUUAAAAAGUCCGACUUGAAUCGCAAGUUACCAGCGUACGCCCGAGUUAAGCAGGCGCGUGUACCCAAUGCCUAUGACAAGACCGCUCUCAAAUUGGAAGUGGGCGAUAUAAUUAAGGUCACAAAGACUAACAUAAACGGCCAAUGGGAGGGAGAGCUGAAAGGCAAAAAGGGACACUUCCCCUUUACACAUGUCGAAUUUAUAGAUGAUUGUGAUCCCAAAGACAAUGUCCAGGCGGCGGACGAGCACACACACACCAACAAUGAUUGGGGCGAAUAAGCCAUUGCCAUUUGUGAUCGUC